UCUGUCUGUGUCACUCAAGCUCAUUAAUGAAGGUUCCAGCUGGUGCUCCAUCCACCGCUGCUCUCUGUGAGCAUGUUCUGGACUCCAUGACUGACUGACGCUGACUCUGCGCUGUAAGGCAGGCGCUGGGAGCUGAAAUGAAGCGCUAGAUGGUCAAAGUGAAAGGAACCCAAUAAGAGUGAGAGAAGCGCAGGCGAUCCUCACACCGAUCAGACCGGGAGAAAAGCCCUGAGGCAGCGGCGGCUCAGCGGACACACAACACCAUGGCGAACAUCGCGGUCCAAAGGAUCAAGCGAGAGUUCAAAGAAGUUCUCAAAAGCGAGGAGACCAGUAAAAACCAGAUCAAAGUGGAUUUGGUAGAUGAGAACUUCACAGAGCUGAGGGGGGAAAUAGCAGGACCACCAGACACAUCUUAUGAAGGUGGCCGAUACCAGCUUGAAAUUAAAAUCCCAGAAACCUACCCAUUUAACCCUCCAAAGGUGCGCUUCAUCACAAAGAUCUGGCAUCCUAACAUCAGUUCGGUGACGGGAGCAAUAUGUCUGGAUAUUUUGAAAGACCAGUGGGCAGCUGCUAUGACCCUGCGGACGGUGCUGUUGUCCCUACAGGCUCUUCUUGCUGCUGCAGAACCAGACGAUCCACAGGAUGCAGUAGUUGCAAACCAGUACAAGCAGAACCCUGAAAUGUUCAAACAGACAGCCAGGCUGUGGUCGCACGUCUAUGCAGGCGCUCCAGUCUCCAGUCCUGACUACACAAGAAAAAUAGACAAACUCUGUGCCAUGGGCUUCGAUAAGAAUGCAGUGAUAGCGGCCUUGUCUUCAAAAUCCUGGGAUGUGGAAACGGCAACAGAACUUCUCCUCAGCAACUGAGUUCCAUCCAGGUGCGAGGAUCCAAUCACGCACACAAAAAAAACCUGAG